AUGGGUCGUGUCUCCGAAUCCAGCAUCGCAAUUGGUGUUAAGCAGCCUAGAAGAUCAAAGUUCGACGUCAACCAAACUCUCACAAGAAUUCAUGAAGAGAUAAAGGAGGAGGAGGAAGAAGACGAAUAUGAAGAAGAUGCAGAGAAUUUAUCAGUUGAAAAUAUGAAGAGCCCAUUAAAUCUCUUGGCCCUUCAGAUGCUUCAUAAGCUGUUCAAGAAUUUCAAGAAAUUUUCUAAUAUAUUUGUCGAGAAGGAUGAGAUGGAAGACGGAGAAAUGGGAAUGGAGAUAGGAUAUCCGACCGAUAUAAAGCACGUGACACACAUAGGAUUGGAUGGUCGUGCAACCUCAAUCCUCUCAAAGGGUUGGAAUAAUCUCAAUCAACUACCUGCAGGUCAUCAUCAGUUGCUUAAUUUUCCUCUGCAGACACCGUUUGAUCAGCUGCCCGUGACAGCUCAAACUGACACUGAUCAUACACCUAAUAUCAAGAUCACUUCAUUGCAAAACCAUAUGCAGAAAUCCUUGUGA